UACGCCUUUACGUGAUGACGCAAUUUCUGCCUCGUUGGAAGGUAGUUUCAGGCUGUCAGGAGGAAGCGCUGUGACGGUCGAAGAAGCGCUGAGUGGAGAAACCUAAAGACAGCCGGACGCACUCACUCCCAUGGUAUUUGAUCUGCUGUCAUCGAACGAUGUCAGUCACUGAGGACCUUCCAGACAUGGACGGGACAGACCUGUUUGGGCUGCUGUUCCACGGUGGAGAGGACGGAUCUACCGAGCCUCUCUUUCCUGACGGGAAUGGGCUCAUUGAAUCCUGGCUGUCUGAGCAAGAUAUGCUGACAGGAGUGGAUACUGAAGACUUCCUGUCCAGCUUGUUAGAGGGAGAGUACAACGAGGAGGCUAUCUGUCCCUCUCAUUCUCCCUUGGGCAGCGACAGCGGCAUUUCUGACGACAGCAGCACUGUGGUUGGAAACAACAAUCUUCUCGGAUGCCCGAGUCCCCAGGGCAGCGAUAGUGACAUCGUGCCCAGUCCCAGCUACUCCCAGCCCAGCCCGGUGCACUCUGACCCUGCCCUGGUCCCCGGAGAGCUGCAGACAGAGAGCCUGGAGGUCUUGACCGUCCAGGCGGAUCACAGCUACUCUCUGCUGCAGAGCGGAGGCAGGGACAUGGAUGUCCUGCAGAGUGUGAGGGCAGAGAAGCUGGACACAGAUGUCUUCAUUGAUCUGGACGACUUGGUGAGUGAGGCGAUGGAGGAGGACGACUUCACAGACGAGCUGCCCUGCACUUUGGCCAUAGAGGACUCAACGGAGGAUUCAACUGAAGCCUACAACACAGACCAGUUCCAGUUUAAAGAGAUUGUGCUCACCGAGGAGGAGAAGCGGCUUUUAGGGAAGGAGGGAGCAACUAUUCCCACACACAUGCCUCUCACAAAGGCAGAGGAAAGGACCUUGAAGAGGGUCAGGAGGAAGAUCCGCAACAAGCAGUCUGCUCAGGAGAGCCGCAAGAAGAAGAAGGUGUAUGUUGAUGGACUGGAAAACAGGGUUGCCAUCUGUACGGCACACAACCUGGAACUACAGAAGAAAGUCCAGAUGCUUCACAAACAGAACAUCUCCUUGAUAGAGCAACUGAGGAAGCUACAGUCACUGGUGAAGAUGUCGACUAUGAAGGCCAGCACGACCAGCACUUGCGUUAUGGUGUUCCUGCUCUCUUUCUGUCUCAUCAUCUUCCCGUCAGUCAAUCCGUUUGGUGCAAGCAGAGAACAGAAGGAGCUCUACACACCCUCCUCCCUCAUCUUUCGGACCUUGCGCUCAGUGCCUCAAGAGAGCACAGAUGCCAUAUCCUACCUUGAGCCCGAAAACGGGGAGCUUCUUUUAGUGCCCCAAGUAGACCUGGAGAAUGAUAAAGCCAUCUUUGCCGGCGGUCAGAAGAAUCACACCCCCGACUACCAGACGGUGGAGCAGUCCGACUCGGAAACGGGAGUCAACAGCAACUCCUCGGCAGACUUCCCCAGCCCCGCUCAGGCAGCCGAGAUGAAGCCGGGGCCGGCUGGCGGAGUGGGGGCCUUACAGGAAGGAUCCAUCGAUGCCGCGGUGGCGUCCGAUGUGGCGUAUGAGGUCACGGGAUCCAAUGAUAACUGGAUAGACCGGAACCCGCCGUCUGUCAUACUACAGCAGCACCGCACAGAUGAGAUGUAGUAGGGAGAUGCUGAUCAGUAUGACCAGCAGAGGGAGCCAUAUUCCUAAUGUUUUAGGUAUCAGAGGGAAGCUUACAUUUACAAAAGGAUGAAGGGAACAUACUAGUUAUUAUCAAGAUAUAGAUCAGUCUCUGUCCCUACUUUUCCCCUCUAAUAACAGCCUUCUCAUGUACUACUGUUACUUAAUUUGCACUUUGAUUUCCUUGUUCCAGUGGGUAAAAAGAACUGGAGAGAGAUUUCCAUUUUUCAGCCGUGUAAACUACCUAAAGAAUAGGACACUGCAGAGAUAAAUUACAUGUCUGCAAUGCUGAGGGACAACUGAACUAGCACUGUGGGCUCUCAUUUUAUUGCACAAAGCGGUAACGAUGACCACAAUUUGUUGGCACCGCCGCAGGAAAUUUCUUUAUAAUAAACUGGCAGUAGAUUACUUCAAGAGAAGUAUUACUUGAAGGCAUUAUUAUUUAUCACCAAAUUCUAGGAGGAGCUUUGUUUGACUCUAGUCACCACUAAAUGUAAACGUAUGGUGCUCAUGAAGGACUCUCCCAUAGUAAGUUAUUGUGAAAAGAAGUAGUCCAACAGUUUGCACUUCAAACUAGCCAGAAAACAUCCAUCGCAUAAUAGAAUAUAAGCUGCUUGAUUCUCAUAAAGCUCGAUCAAAGUGGUCGUUUGACCACCGUAAUGCUUACGCCAUUGCAGGACAUUUGGCCAUUUAGAAGACUUGUAAAGUUUGUUAGUAUUUCCCUUGUAACAAGGGUAUCCAUGCUCCUUUUUAAUUUUUGGAAUGCUUUGUUUUUAUGUUGUACAGUAAAGCAAGAAAUAAUGUCUAAUGCAAAAUAUCUAACAAGACCCCCCAGUCGACCCCUACGACCUCCUCUUUUUCUUCUUCCUGGGACACUUCUCACCUUUCUAAACAACUUUAGCACCUGUAUGCACAGAACAAGGGGUUUGAUAGAUUUGCUCAGUAAACCGUGUUGCAGUAAAAUAUACUCAAAAAUGUAAUGACCUGUUUUGUCAGUGAGGCAUUUUUGUAAUUUUUUUGUGUAUUUCUUAUGUUACUGUGGGUAAAACAUGGAAUCUAAAUGGAACUGCUUUUUGUUAUAAUGAAAAGUCACUGAGAUUUUAAAUGUUGAUCAUGUUGAACAAAUGCACUGACAUUUGACAUCUAGUCCAAGAAUGAAAUGUAAAUAUGCUUAUAUGAUUGUAGCUUUUCUGUACAUUUGAACUCUUUAUGUAUAAGACAUGUCGGGACAUCUAUAAUAAUAAACUUUUUAUAUAUCAGAAUGAA